GGCGCCGUGACGUAGGCGCCCCGAGUCUCCGUGUCUCGUUCGUCGCUGGGCUCGUCUCGCACUAAACGAUGGCCGACUACGAAAGCGUUCAGAAGGGAUCGCUCAAGUUGAAGGGAGUGAAGGAACUGGGAGUCAAAAAGAAGCGCAAGCGUUCAGGAGAUGCGAGGAAAGUGAUGGAGACCGGCGUGAGCAGCGCCCAGGGAGGCAGAGAUAACGAGGACGAGAGGGAGACACCGCGGGGACAUAUAGACACGAGGACUCCCGCUCAGAAGGCGUUCGACAAGAUGCAGGAGAAGAGGCAAAUGGAGCGAGUGCUGCAGAAGGCAUCCAAGACACACAAGCAGCGUGUAGAGGAAUUCAACCGCCACCUCGACACACUGACUGAACAUUACGACAUUCCUAAAGUCAGCUGGACAAAAUAAUAAUGCUCCUCAUGUUCCUUCAAAAAGCAGUACCGCAGGCAUUAUCCUGGCUUAAUGGUGGAGAUUUUUGAGUUUAUUGUUACCUCUAAUAUGUGGUGGGUGGGCUUUCUUUAGGCAAUCCAAUGUUUUCCCCACUCGAGAGCUAAAUAAAAAAUGUCAAAAAUUGCUUAAGAUGUGGCCAAAUGUUCCAAAUAUGGACACUUGUUCAAAGUGGCUUUGUGAGACUGGAGGGGCUUUCCUGGUUAUAGAUCCAACCCAAAAAAUAUGACUUCUAGAAGCUACCAACCGAGGUUGUUUCCCUGGGCUGCCCUACAUAAAUUUGAAUGUUAGUGAAAUUGUUUUUAUAUGGAUGCACUCAAGAGAUGUCCUUGCUGUGACUUUGCUCGUUACGUCAUGGUCAGAUCACUUGGGCUGUCCUAAAGAGUCAAUUCAUAGUAUUUUUCUUCAAUAUUGAAGCUUCACAUUUGUAUCUGACAGCUUUGGACACAUAGCCUAUGUGCAUGUUGGAAAGAAAUAUGCUGUUGACUUUUUGGGUAGCUUAAAUAAAAUAACGAUUCGUGUAUGAAUAAUGUUUCUGUAAUGUCUGCCCUACAUUAUUGGUGAGUUGGACUUUACACAAGCAAUUAAAAUUGAUGCUUCAGACCUUUGCAUACAGGUCCAAAUAUAUGCUAUUAAUUCCAUAGAAGGAUAAGAGUGGACAGUGUGGAGGUUCAGAUUCUAGAGUGGCGUAAAAUCCUUGUAGAUGUAAUUAGAAGACAAGUGUACAUGAUACAGGAGGGCACUCUACCGAUACCCAGAGUUCAGUGACCAAGGGGAAGACUUCAAACAAGAUAGUGGCAGUGAUGAUAUUGUAUGAGGGGUCCUUGAAAGAUGUACGGACUAAAACAAGGAGAAGACCUCAAGGCAGACAGACGAUGGUGAUGUUGAGACAAAACUGUCCUUGGAGGUCGGGCGCCGACUGCAACAGCUGCAGGAACUGGCAGAAGGAAGUGAUAGGAAGGUGUGAUUGUGCCAAUGGCAUUAGCUGUCCUAACUUUAACCUAAAGUGUCUGGUUAUAUUAAUAAAAAGUACAACAAAAAUCCUG